AGCUGUGUGCAGGUAAGAAGUUGCGGAUCAGAAGCAAUAGCUGAUGACUCUGUUCGUUUGGUUGGGACUUGGUUAAGUCUGCUUCUUCAAAAAGUCGGUGACUCUGUUGGGAAGGUUUGAAAGGAUGAACCGGAAGCUCACCCCAGCUGAGAAAGGUAGCGAAGCUCCAAGGAGAGCUCGUGUCCGUGUCCAAGAGCCGGAUCUGUUACAAAAACAUUCACUCACCUUGAUUGGGAAAGUGACAAACCCUUCCGUUCAAAAGGUCCCCUCCCUAAUCCCAUUUUUCACUAACCAUUGGAAGACAAAUGAGAUCAGGACAGUGGGCUCGGAUUUGGGACAGGGCUUGUUCCAGUUCCAGUUCGAUUCAGAGUCAGAUCUGCUCGCUGUACUUGAAAACCGCCCCUACCACUUCGCGAAAUGGAUGGUCAUUUUACAACGUUGGGAACCCACCGUCUCCCCGUCUUUCCCGUCGCUGAUACCUUUCUGGAUUAAGGUCGAGGGCAUUCCAGCUCAUCUCUGGACUGAGGAGACCAUAAGAAGCAUUGGAGAAGAUAUUGGCCGCUUCGAAUGCUCAGAUAUAAUCUCGACGCUCUCGGUGCGUAUGCGAGUUCAUGUGAAUGGCAGGCUUCCUCUGAUAAAGAGCUCGGUUAUUGAGUAUCCUAACGGAGAUGAAGUCAGGGUCUCGCUAGUCUAUGAGAAGCUUGAAAAGCAUUGUUCUCACUGCUACCGUCUUGACCAUGAGCUAAAGGAUUGCCUUGCAGCUAAACACCAAAAGAAGAAGGCUAACGCUCUAGCCCUUGCUGUUCAACACAAGGAGGAACAAUCAUCCUAUGGUAACAGCCAAUCCGUAAGGGGGACUCCCCUUCGGAUUCCUCAUGAUUCUUUGCCUCCCCAGGCUUUGGAAGAGGCUUUAGGCGAGGGGCGUGAGGUAAUGGUGCAGUGUACUAGCUGCGAAGAACCGUGGGAAAGUGCAGGCGAGAGACUAAGGCAAGCUGCAGAACAAGGUCAACUAGAACAGAGGGCGGCCCAAAUGGUGCGUGCAACGCUUUCAAAGCACCAGCUGAAUGCAACUAUGACUGUACCCUCAAACUCUCAUAACGGCAGCAAACAGCAGCAGAGGAAUAUUAAAAGCAGAACCAAUAGAUCAAAAGCUGAUAGCAAUGCAGUGCCUCCUCAAGCUGGUGUUAGCUUAACUCGGGAGCUUUUAGCUACUUUGGCAUCUUUUCUCCCUGCAACUUCUCAACCUGAGAGUCGCCAAACAGUACCUCAAUACAAUGGAGGAGAAGCACUGCCUCAAUCUUGGCAUAGAGAUUCACAGACUGUGCAUGAUGCCUCAAAUCAGCUAUAUGCAGCCGGGCAACUACCCCCUCCUCCUCCUCCGCGUUACUACCUUAGUGGUGGAAACAUGCAGUACCAAGGCCAAGGACAAUCUUUUAGCAUGCCUCAGAAUAACAAAGCCGGGGGAUCGUCAAAUCAUGCCGUUUUUCAGCGCAUGACACAGCAAUACCAGUCAGAAGCUUCAGUACAAAACCAAAGUUAUGGUCCGGCUUCAAGUUAUGAGCAAGCAAACUAUCAUGGUGUAGCAACAAGUCAGGUGCAUAACCCUUCCCAGUUUCAAGCUGCCAUGCAACCACCACCUAUGCUCUCUGGGGCUGGUCAGGGUACAAGAGAUGUGGAGAAGGAGGAGAGAUAUCAGAAAACACUACAGUUUGCAGCUAGCCUUCUUCACCAGAUAAAUCAGCCUUGAAUCUAGCUAGCUCCACUCGUCAUAGUCUUUAAGGCACUGUUAACUCUCAUGUUUGGAUCUUCUUCAUCUUCGACAUGGAAUCACCAGAAAUCUUUACAUGAACAUUCACCGGCUUGAAAAUGAUUUUGAAAGCAGAGUGGCAAUCUAGUAACUCUCUAGUUCUUCAUUUAUUCUGAUGGACAGUGCCGAGUUCCUCUGGGCCAUUAUGAACAUGAGUAUUCUUUAUUCACUAGGGGUUGGCCCGCCCGUAUGUUUACACUAAAACUAUUUUAUCUUAAAAGAUGUUUAAAUUUUAUAAAACAUUUGAAAAUAUUGUUUAUUUUCUUAGAAUUAAUAAUUUGGAAAUUGUUUAUAUUCAAAAGUAUUUUGUUUUAAAUUUCUGUCAAAUUUUUUUUCUUACACUGACAAUUUUAAUAAUUGUAAUCUUUUGGCGUAUGUUUAUUUGAUUAAUGGAAACUUAACCUCAUAAUUGUAAUAUUUUCGCGUAUGUUUAUUUGUUUAUAUUGUAAUAUUUUCUUUCAGUAUCCAUGUUCUUUAUAUAAAGACGAAAAUAUAAAGUUGUUAAUGCAAAUAAGUUGAUUCGUUUUACCUGAGAUUUCUUGGACUGGAAGGCAUUCCAUAACCAUAAGUUUCAUUUCCUGCUCGGUUACAAUCAUCUGUCCAUCCGGUAUAGAUCUCAGUAUUUGUGGCUGUCAGAGCUGCACUCUGAACCCCCAGUUGAAGUACAUAGUUACUUGAAGUUAUUUUUCACAUUUAUAAAUUCUCGGAUUCUUUCUUGUGAUGAACAUUCAUUUUUCCGUUUUUGAUGCUCAAUAAUUAUCUUAUAAAGAGUUGUUAAUUCAUCACAUGUAAAUAGUCACACAGUUGUAGACGUGUGUUAAAUUUCAUUUACUAAAGCUUCCUUUCCCCUGCUUAAAUCUGUUAAGAGAAUUUUGAUAUGUUUAUAAAAUCAUGAUUUUAUUUAAACCAUUUAAACAUUUUUUCUAUGCAACAUUCAAGCCACAGUAUUUUUGGUUUUUUUACCACACUAAUAAUUUUUUGAUAUGUAUAGUAUAUUACACCAAAAUUGCAUGAAAGUAAAUUUUGUAAAUCCUAAGUUAGCUGAUAAGUUUAAUUUAUUGGGUGAAAUAACCCAAAUAAAAAGUUUAUUUAUAGGUUUGUUUACAUGGCAGUUUAUACUUUUAUUUGAAAACAGAAAAUCAAAUAAAGGGUCAAUAAAGCUAAAUCAAAAUUAUUACUAUUAUUUAUAAAUUUAAUAGUUGAUUUAAGAAAUAACCUAAAUAAGCAAGCUUAAAUAAUAUUUAGAUGUUAACCUAUAAGUUUAGUUAACUUUCAUCUUGCUCACCUAUCUUAUAUAUAAUUUUGAAUAAUUAAAAAGUAAUUUUAAAUUUGUCAAACAAAUAGAAUCAGUUCUAAUAUUAAAA